AUGGGCCAAGGGGACGAGAGCGAGCGCAUCGUGAUCAACGUGGGCGGCACGCGCCACCAGACGUACCGCUCGACGCUGCGCACGCUGCCCGGCACGCGGCUCGCCUGGCUGGCUGAGCCCGACGCCCACAGCCACUUCGACUAUGACCCGCGUGCCGACGAGUUCUUCUUCGACCGCCACCCAGGCGUCUUCGCGCAUAUCCUGAACUACUACCGCACGGGCAAGCUGCACUGCCCAGCCGACGUGUGUGGGCCGCUCUACGAGGAGGAGCUGGCCUUCUGGGGCAUCGACGAGACAGACGUGGAACCCUGCUGCUGGAUGACGUACCGCCAGCACCGCGACGCCGAGGAGGCGCUCGACAGCUUUGGCGGGGCGCCCCUGGACAACAGCGCUGACGACGCGGACGCCGACGGCCCCGGAGACUCAGGCGACGGUGAGGACGAGCUAGAGAUGACCAAACGACUGGCGCUGAGUGACUCCCCAGAUGGCCGGCCUGGCGGCUUCUGGCGCCGCUGGCAGCCGCGCAUCUGGGCGCUCUUUGAGGACCCCUACUCAUCCCGCUAUGCGCGGUAUGUGGCCUUUGCCUCCCUGUUCUUCAUCCUGGUCUCCAUCACCACCUUCUGCCUGGAGACCCACGAGCGCUUCAAUCCUAUCGUGAACAAGACAGAGAUUGAGAAUGUUCAGAAUGGCACGCAAGUGCGCUACUACAGGGAAGCGGAGACAGAGGCCUUCCUCACCUACAUCGAGGGCGUCUGCGUGGUGUGGUUCACCUUUGAGUUCCUCAUGCGUGUUGUCUUCUGCCCCAACAAGGUUGAGUUCAUCAAGAACUCGCUCAACAUCAUUGACUUUGUGGCCAUCCUCCCCUUCUACCUGGAGGUGGGCCUAAGCGGCCUGUCCUCCAAGGCUGCCAAGGAUGUCCUGGGCUUCCUGCGUGUUGUCCGCUUCGUGCGCAUCCUGCGCAUCUUCAAGCUGACCCGCCACUUCGUGGGCCUGCGUGUCCUGGGCCACACACUCCGUGCCAGCACCAACGAGUUCCUGCUGCUCAUCAUCUUCCUGGCCCUGGGCGUGCUCAUCUUUGCCACCAUGAUCUACUAUGCCGAGAGGAUAGGGGCACAGCCCAACGACCCCAGUGCCAGUGAGCACACGCACUUUAAGAACAUCCCCAUUGGCUUCUGGUGGGCUGUGGUCACCAUGACGACACUGGGCUACGGAGACAUGUACCCGCAGACAUGGUCUGGCAUGUUGGUGGGAGCACUGUGCGCACUGGCAGGCGUGCUGACCAUUGCCAUGCCCGUGCCUGUCAUCGUGAACAAUUUUGGGAUGUAUUACUCCUUAGCCAUGGCUAAGCAGAAACUACCAAAGAAAAAAAAGAAGCAUAUUCCGCGGCCACCGCAGCUGGGAUCUCCCAAUUAUUGUAAAUCUGUCGUAAACUCUCCACACCACAGUACUCAGAGUGACACAUGUCCGCUGGCCCAGGAAGAAAUUUUAGAAAUUAACAGAGCAGAUUCCAAACUGAAUGGGGAGGUGGCGAAGGCCGCGCUGGCGAACGAAGACUGCCCCCACAUAGACCAGGCCCUCACUCCUGAUGAGGGCCUGCCCUUUACGCGCUCGGGCACCCGCGAGAGAUACGGACCCUGCUUCCUCUUAUCAACCGGGGAGUACGCGUGCCCACCUGGUGGAGGCAUGAGAAAGGAUCUUUGCAAAGAAAGCCCUGUCAUUGCUAAGUAUAUGCCGACAGAGGCUGUGAGAGUGACUUGACCAGGCGGCUUGGCCGAGGACACUGGUGGCUAUUAAGCAUCUGGGUGGACCUGCAGCCCCUCCUCACCCUCGGACAGAGUAAAUUCACGCCAUGCAGGUUUGCCGGACGAGUCCGAGUGGCCCAGGCAUUGUGCUAGGACGGACGUAGCUUUUCCUACGGCCAAAUGGUAACUGACCGUAGAGGAUUUCUUUUCCUUCUUUUCAUUUUUUAAAAUUUUAUUUUAUUUGGGGAGGGAGGGUGGAGGGGUUCCUUAGCAUGACUUGCAUGAAGUUAAACAGAAAACCCAGCAAACCAAACCCACCAACCUCCCUGCAACUGUAUGAUUACCCUCAACAACAAUAACAAAAAGAAAAAGAAAAAGUCCUAUAUUUUCUUUCAGAGCUCUUUACUUUUACACACAUUGUUGGAGCCAAACUGUAACAGCGUUCAGUAGAAACCUAUACAUUUCUGGGAGGGGACCAGGGAGGAAGGAUGGAGAUGGGGAACAAAUUGCUUCCCCUUUUGUACACAAGAUCGAGAGUAAAGGUUCCAAAAAGGGCAGUCGGUCGGUCAUUGGUCAUAUUGACCUCACCUUCAUAGUUCAUCUCUCACACGGAAACUGAGAACUUUGCUCCAAAUAGAAUUGUGGAAACUCGCACUGCUGCCUUCUUCCCUCUCUGUUUGGCAUGCUUGUGACCCAGCGGACGUCUCCCCAAGACCCCUGGCAGCGGCUAGUCUAGGUUGAAUCUCUCAUCAUAUCGGUGUGUAGAUCCAGUGUGACCAACUUUCAUAAUAAAUUGUUCAUAGUAAAUAAUCAGCACCGUAUGGAUUUUCCAAGUGUUAUUUUAAAACCAGGAUGUAGAGCACCAAAAGUUCAGGACCACAGGAGGGGCAACCUCCUCCACCUUUACCAAGGCACAACCUGGCGAUGUAUGCAAUUUAGUACUUCAGAGUAAAAAA